CCCGCCCUCCCCUCCCCCCCCGGCGCAGCGCUCGCCCCGUUCCUUUCCUUUCCUUUCCUUUUUUUCCCCCCCCCGCCCCGGCCCCGUUCCCCCGCAGCCGGGCGGGGGAGGAGGAUGGAAACACCCUUCUACCAUGAUGAUGUGUUGAGCGGCCUCGGCAGCGGCUUCGCCCCGUCCUCCGGCAGCAGCGGGCUCCUCCUGCCCUUCCCCGGCGGCAGCAUGAUGAAGAAGGACGCGCUCGGGAUGGCGUUACCGGAGCAGGUGGCGGCGGCGUUGAAAGCACCGGGUGCGGCGAGCGGUGAAGCGGCGGGGUUGCUGGGCUCGGCCGAGCUGGGUCUGCUGAAGCUGGCGUCCCCCGAGCUGGAGCGGCUCAUCAUCCAGUCCAACGGGCUGGUGACCACCACGCCGACCAGCGGGCAGUUCCUCUACCCCAAAGCGGCCGCCUCAGAGGAGCAGGAGUUCGCCGAGGGUUUCGUUAAAGCGCUGGAGGACUUGCACAAGCAGAACCAGCUGGGCGGCGGCGCGGCGGGGAGCGGCGGCGGAGGAGGAGGAGGAGGCGGAGGAGGAGGUGGCGGCGGCGGCGGCGGCAGCAGCGGCGCGGGCGAGCUGCCCGCCGCCGGCCUGGCCCCGGAGCCGCCGGUGUACGCCAACCUCAGCAGCUACCCGGCGGUGAGCUACGCCGCCGACCCCGGCCCUUUCGCGGCGCCGCCUCCGCGGCUCCCCCCGCCGCCGCCGCCGCCGCCUCCACCACCGUUAAAGGACGAACCUCAGAUCGUCCCGGAGGUGCCGAGCUUCGGGGAGAGCCCGCCGCUCUCCCCCAUCGACAUGGACACGCAGGAGCGUAUCAAGGCGGAACGAAAGCGGCUGAGGAACCGCAUCGCCGCCUCCAAGUGCCGCAAGAGGAAGCUGGAGCGGAUCUCCCGCCUGGAGGAGAAGGUGAAGAGCCUCAAGAGCCAGAACACGGAGCUGGCCUCCACCGCCAGCCUGCUCCGCGAGCAGGUCGCCCAGCUCAAGCAGAAGGUCCUCAGCCACGUCAACAGCGGCUGCCAGCUCCUGCCCCAGCACCAGCACCAGGUGCCGGCUUACUGACCCACGGGGGAACCGAGGGGGGUUUCCCCCCCCCCCCCCUCCUCAUGGCUUCCCGCUUCCCCCGGCCACAGACUUGAGGGGGGCCCGGGCACGGACUGAGGGGCCCCGCGGGACUGAGGGUGUGAGGGGAGGGAGAGGA